CGCCUCUCAUUGAGUCUGAAAAAAAAAAAAAUAGAGAAGGAAAACUUCACAGAAAUGGCGGAGGGUGCAACGUCUCUCAAAGGGUUGCGAGCCCAAAUGGCUGCAGCUGCGCAGGCGCAGGCAGAGGAGCGGCGUAGCCUAUCAGGGAACAGCCCAGGACCUGCUGCAAACACCACCACCACAACAGCCAAGACUCAGGGGCCCAGGCCAGUCAUCGACGGCGCUGCACUCAGGAUCGACGACAGACUGAGAGUUGCCAAAGAGAGGCGUGAGGAGGCAGAUAAACAGCAAGCUGCGCGUGAGUCCCAGAUCCUGGAGCGCGAGCGGAAGGCCAAGCUGCAGGUGGAGCGCCAGAUGGAGGAGCGUCACAGGAAGCUGGAGGAGCAGCGCAGGAAGGAGGAGCAGAGGCGCUCGGCCGUGGAGGAGAAGAGAAGGCACAAACAGGAGGAGGAGAAGGAGCACUACGAGGCGGUGAUGCGGCGCACCCUGGAGCGGAGCCAGCGAGUGGAGCAGAGGCAGAAAAGGUGGUCCUGGGGAGGACUGUCCACAGACGUCGACGGCCGACCCGGAGACUCCGACGGAGGUGCAUCCUCACCGGUAGCUAUAGUUAUCUCCCAGGCGUCUCCAGAAAAGCCCCCCAGGACCCGACAAGUGGAUAAGCGCUCCACGUCCACCAUGAACCUGAAACAGUCGUCCGAGGCUGGCAUCAGCAAACGCCUCUCCUCCUCCUCCGCAACCCUAAUCAACUCUCCCGACAAAAGUGUUAAGCGGAGGAGUUCGUCUUUGAACCGGUUGCCUAACAACGGCAAUGCCUCUCAGCCAACUAAGGAAGCCAGCAAAAAACCUCAGGUGGAACAGACAGGCCCGUCCGUGAAGAAGAGAAGCUCCUCCCUCACACGAGAUGGCAGGGGUAAAACCCCGCCCCCUGCCAAGCUCGAGAAAGGGUCAUCGGACGAGCAAGCUCGCAGGCCCCUGGUCAGCCCCAUGGACGGAGGGGUCCUCAGUCGCCUGCUCACCCCCACCCAGGCCUCACUAGCUAGGAGCAAGAGUGCCGCCGCCCUGUCGGCCGAAGGAGCAGACGCCCCAGUGUGUCACCUGUGUCCUCGCUCAGCCUCGGCAAGCCCCAUGCACCCGCCGCCGCGCGGGCCCGUGCGCAGCCGCAGCAUCGACCGGCAGAAGAGCGGCAUGCCCACCUCCGUCUCGGCCGACGGACCCCUGGACCCCUCCCUGAAGGAGAAAAGGUUCACCUCACCAGGAGGCAAACGCCCGGCCUCGCCCGCCAGCACCCCGGGACGCAACCGCUCCCCUUCCCCUGCCCCCCUCCCCGCCCCCAAGAGAACCCCCUCCCCUGCAGCAGCCAAGCACAGCCCCCGCAACCGCCCCUCCUCCCCAGGGGGACUCAAACAGCGGCCCCCGUCUCCCCACACCACGUCCGCCAAGCCCCCGCCCAUCCAGAGACCCGCCCUGACCCCCACUGGGCCCCCCACGCUGAGGAAGAGGGACUCCAAAUCCAAGGAGCUGGGCCCCGUCCUGCCCGUCCCCCAGUCCUCUGAGACCCUCCAGACCAGCACAACCCCGUCUCCCUCCCCCACCGCCACCUCCUCCAGCAAGACCAAAGAGGACUCCAAGGCCAUGGCGGGCACCAACUCCGCCGCCGAGGCUGCCAAGAUCCUGGCGGAGAACCGGCGGCUGGCGCGGGAGCAGAAGGAGAAAGAGGAGCUGCUCCGCGUACAGAGGGAGGAGGAGGAGAGGCUGAGGAAGGAGGAGGAGCAGCGCCUGGCGGAGGAGGCCAGAGUCAGACGUGUGGAGGAGGAGAAGAGGCUGGCGGAGGAGAAGAAGAAGCAGGAGGAGGAGGAGGCUGUGAGGGCGGAGGAGGACAGGGAGAGGCUGGAGGCGGAGGAGGUCAUAAAGCAGGCAGAGCUCCAGAAGGAGCGUGAGGAGGCUGAGGCGCGGGCCCUGGUGGAGGCGGAGAGAGUGCGCGUGGAGAGAGACAGGAUCAUGCAGAAGAACCAGCAGGAACGCAUGGAGCGCAAGAAGAGGAUAGAAGAAAUAAUGAAGAGAACAAGAAAGGGGGAACAGAACGAUUUCAAGAGAGAUGGAGAGGAUGAUGGAGAGGAUGAUGAAGAGGAUGAUGGAGAGGAAGAUGAAGAAGAUGAUGGAGGUGAUGGAGAAGAAGAAGAGGAAGUUGACCAGAUGAACUGUGAAACCACGGAGAACAAGAUGGUGCCAUCUGGAGAUGUCGCCAUGGAGACGGAUAUCGCUGAUUCGGUUGGGCGCGGCCUGCCCUCGGAUGGACCAAUGGGAGAGCGGGAGGAGCCCGUGGGCAGUGUGAAUGGAAAGCCGGAGGUGGACGACAAAGAAAACAACAAUGGCAGCACAGAAGAGCCUUUGGCUGUUAGUCCCGUGCCUAAGGGCCGUCUGGUGGAGGGCUCUGAGUUCCUGAACGAGGACUCCAACAAGCUGGUCCCCGGCCUCAACGGCAAGCCUGGCCCCUGGUGCUUCGAGGAGCUCAUCGACCUCAACGUCCACUCCAAGGGCCGGCCCCUCCUCCAGGCCCCUGAGGGACUAGGCCAGGGCCUCAUCGACUGUGACGCGGGGCCCGACGCACCUCGGGUGGCCUUCGAGGACAAGGGCGCCCCCGUCCCCGGCCUCCACCCUUCUAGUCAACCCAUGGAAGCCCUGUCAGAGAUGUGACACUGCGGCCCCUCCUAGAGAGACCUGUGAUUAUUGCACUCCCAAAGUUCCAGACCAGACCCCCCCAGCCUCGUCUGGACCACCUCAGCCAGAGGAAGAGCACAGGCAGGGAGAGGGGGACUCACCCCCCCAUCCCCAUCCCCAAGUUUUAAGAAAGAAAAAAAAAACAAACAAGAUAUGCUUCAGGGAAAUCCUCAUGUAUUCCUUCAAUGUGCUCGCUUCACGGCCUCUCCGUUACAUGACUCGGUUAUCAUUUUGUAUCUCUGUAUGAGUUUCUGUUCAUAUUGAUUUAUCUUUCUUUUCCUUUUUGUUGUGUUUGGGGCAGGGGCGUGUUGCUGUUGUAAUUUAUUAAUUUUGGCUUCUUGUUAUGUAAUUAAUGGUUCUUAUGUUUAGUAUUUUUGUUUCUCAGUUUGAGAAUAUUCCAGAAUGAAUGCAUACUUGGCUCUAGAAUUGGGAGGUGAGCAUUUUGAGGUAUGAGGAAGUCGAGCAAUGCAAGGUUUCAAAGCGCAUUCUGAUUGGUGGGGACUCAGUUGGGUUGCCUGGGUGCUGUUGUCUCUCAGGUCCAUCCUCCAGGAGUUCUCUCAGCAUUUCCUGUAGAGCAAGCAAGGAGACAGACCAGCGGUACAGCUGCGUACCCAGUACACUGAGUAGGAGCACUGUGUCAUCCCAUCCAAAUUGGAAUCUGACCUAGAAUUCUGGAUUAGUCCGGCUUCUUUUUCUAGUAUCCAGUGACCCAGCCUUACUUGGGAGUAGGGCGAAGUUAUCCCUUACUGCUUUGCCCCCCUAAAAUAUGCUGUCCCCACCUCUCCCCCCCUACCCUUCCUCCCUGGACCAGCAGGGGGCGCACAUGACCCACUUCACCUGCCAGGCCUACUGCUUUCUCAUUCAAACUGAGGGAUGUAGGAAUCGUCAAGCAAAGGUAGAUUGUCUCGUGAAUCUUUCUUUCAUUUCACAUUUAUGGCCUGUAGGUUUUCCCCUAAAAUGUUGACACUUGGUUACUGUUUUACAUGUACAUAGAUAUACUGUUUAUGGUUAGCUACUGCUCAUAUCAAAUUCAAAUUGAAUUGCAUCCUGAUGAAAUGCUGAGGUAUAACUUAACCCCCACAGCAAUGACUGCAUGGAUCUAUACUCAACCAUAUGAAUGACUAUAUUCCAGGAUGAUUAACCUGUAUGUUUGGUUAAGUGCACAUUCAUGGUCCACAUAUUUCAUUUUGAAGUCACUUCAGACGUCUUCUGAAGGGUGCGUGUGUGUACAGUACUAUAGUCCCCAAACUGACACUUAAAUGGAUUGACGUUCCCUCACGACGCUCAAAGUUCCUCUGGGCUAAACACUGUUGUCAGCCGUCUCAGACUAGCAAGCUUCACUGUGUUUGUAUGCAGUCACACAUGUCUGUCUGUCUGUCUGUCUCCAUCUUCGAAUUCCAGUGCUUGUCCACUAAAGCCCAAUGAUCCUAUUUAACAUACUAGCUGCUUCUUUUCUACCUUACCUCUCUUAGCAAAACAUUUCAAUUAUUUUUGUAAUAUAUAAUUUGGCUGUCUGUUUAUAUGAAAAUAUAUUUCAACAUAUUUAAGUGUUAUUGUAUUAUGUAUAUAAUCAGUAUUAGGCCAAUGCAGCCAUGUUGGGUGGGGUCAUGUAGGGGGAACGGGUGUGGAUCUAGUGUGUAUAUGUCUGGUCAUGUGUUCUAGUUGCUGUCCUGUUGUGUCGGACUCGUGUCCAAGGCCAGGGUAGUUUGUUCUGUUACCACAGUCUGGUCAUGUUAGGAUGUUUUCAUUUACAGGAACACCCCACCAAUAGGGGGAGCUCUACUCAUUCUGUGUCCUGUGUGAUGGGAGUUGUCAGUGGAGCCCAGUUAGCCAGUCUGGUUCUGGAAGCUUCUGCUUGUCUGAGCCCCAGCCCUCUUGACAUUGCCUUGGUAGGGUGGUAGGGCAGACUGAUGGAAGUCGAGGUGCUUUUGUGAUGUGACGUGUGGAUACAUGCUGUGGAAGGUUGCAGUCGGAUACAAAUGUUAUUCGGUCAGUCUGUGAUAGUGUUUGUGCCGUCUUUUGUUUUGGGUUUCUGAAAAGGUUGAUAAUAAUAGAAAAA